AUGUCGGCCAUGGAACCUGAACUAGACCCUGACGAAUUAUACAGACAGCAUAUUAUAAAGAAAGUGAAGGAUGGGCUGUGUCUAGCAGUAAGCAACGACCAAGUCCGUAUCACGGUCGACAACAUCAACCAUCUCCUCAGUAUCCUCAACAUCAACACCUAUGACGAAGACGUCCUCGACCUUAUCAGGAAUGCUCUCAUUGAUACUGGAGGAGAUAUUGAAACGGACGAUUUCGAAAAGGUUGUCCUCAAAAGCGUCUUGACAAAGGACGAGGAAGUAGAGAAGGCGAUAGAAGAUGCCUACCGUAUCGUAGAUGUUGACGGCGAUGGAGUCAUUACCGCUGCUGACAUAUACCAGUUGAUGUUGGCCAUAGGAGAGAUGAUAAGUGAUGAUGAACUCCUACAUGCUUAA